CGUAGCAUCAAGCAACCGUCUUCGUCAAAAUUAACAAUUUGACAAUUGUAAAAUGAAUAAUAGAAAUAAUAUCAGAAACGCAUGCGAAGCGCGCUCUGUGUCGUCUAUAGUAAUUCAAAAAAGAUUUAAUUAAAACUAUAAUUAAUUUCUUUUUUUGUUUACAGUGUGCUUUACAGAUUUAAAAUAAAUAUUUCUUUUUCAACAUGAUGAUAUUUUUAACACUAUUAUUAAGUAGCGAGUUAAUGUUAAUUGCUGAGACGGCUUUUAUUUUAAUGAAUCAUUUUUAUGGUAUCAACUAUCAAAAUAUAUAAAACCAAACCAUUACGAUAUCAAGUUUACAUCACAUAUUGAUGAAAACGUUGUAAUUGGAGAAUACAAAAUCAGCAUAAGCAUUCUUAACAAAACGCAAAAUAUAUUGAUCAACAACGUAUAUUCAGAAAUAUUAUAUGUUCACAAUAUAGUUUUAAGUAGAAAUUUAGAAAAAUAUCAUGAGGAUGCUAACUAUACAGUUUAUAAGUCGACAUAUAAAGUUGAAGAAAACAUAAUUGAUGUUUCUUUUGAUGAUGAGUUAUUACCAGGAAAUUACAUUUUUUAUAUUAAAUAUGCUGGUUUAACUGAUAAGUCUUUAGAAUUUUCAACGCCAAAGAAAAACUUACUUUGGUAGCUGCUUCUCAUUUUCAUAUAAUAGACAACCAACGAAUUUUGUCAUCGUGUUGGGAUCAACAGUAUUUAUUCUUAGAACCAACCUUUAACAUAUCUAUGUACAUAGAAUGUAACCAAUGCACGGCUUUGUCAAAUAUGCCAUUGCGGCAUACGGAAAAAUAUAUGAAUAAUAUGUUAUUGACACACUUCAAUACCACAUCUGGAAUUUCGCUGUAUCAUGCAACAAUAGUUGUGUCCAGUUACCCAUUACGUGUUUAUGAUACUCAAAAUAGAUACAUUCAAAUGUGGUGCAGAAGUGAAUCUAUAUUUCACAUAGAAUUUGCAAAAAAUGUAGCUGAAUAUUUCACGAUGUUCUGGAAUCAUGAUUGGAUACAACGUUUGAACGAUAUUCCGAAAGUGACUCAUGUUGCAAUUUCAAAUUUUCCUGAUAGUGACAUAAUAAUUUUCGGACUUAUUUUUUAUAACGAAAUGGAUAUUGUUUACGAUAAAAAUUUAUAUCCUGUUGCUCGCAAAAUCGAAGUAUCUCGAUUAGUAGGACAUAAAGUGACACAGCAAUGGUUUUAUAAUCUGAGCAAUCCGUGUGGAUCGGCUUUUUGCUUUAAUAAAGCUCUUACUACAUGGCUUACAACGUAUGCUCUCAAUUUGAUUUAUCCAGAUAAUGGAGCAACAAAUUUAUUUGUUGUCCAAAAUCAACAUACUUCUUUUUAUUUGGAUGAUUAUGAUAUGUGGAAUUCUACUUCACAAGAUGACAGUUUAUUGAAAAUUCGCGAAUCCAUCAGAGCACCCUGUAUACUGCGCAUGAUACAACACGCCGUAACCAAAGAAAUAUUUUGGAAAGGCAUUCGCUUAUAUACAAAUACCCAAUUUCAUCGUCAAAGUUUUAUGACUUUUUUGGAAGAAGUUGUUGCUGAUGCAAAAAAUGUAGAUAUUGAUAUAUCAUUACAAACAAUGAAAUAUUGGACUUCGGAAAAGCAUUGUCCUAUCAUCAGAAUAGAACGAGAUUAUAAUUUUACUUGGGACAGAAUGCAUAUAUCCAUACAAAAUUACGACAUAUUAAAAAUUGAUUGCUUACUUGUAACUUAUACUACUCAGACAUAUCCCAAUUUUAACGAUUUGACUGAAUACAAUUAUAUCAAGGUAUGCAACUCAACGAAUUCAUAUUCAGUAUACUUAUAUGAUGAUGGUUGGGUGAUAGUCAAUAUGCAACAAAUUGGAUAUUAUCGCGUUAACUAUGAUGAUGAGAAUUGGCAAAAAAUUUCAAAUUAUCUAAUCUCUGAUAAUUUUACGAAAAUUCAUGUUCUUAAUCGUGCCCAAAUUAUCGAUGAUGCAUUUCAUUUAGUGAUAGCAGGCCAACUCAAGGCCUCUACAUUCUGGAAUAUCAUAUCGUAUUUGGGUCAAGAAGAAGAUUAUAUAGCAUGGUAUCCUAUGUUUAAAGCUCUGGAAUACAUGUUUAAUACUUUUCCUGCUGUUAUACUGAAAGAAAGCAAUUCGUCUUAUAUGAAAAGAAUAAGAGUCGUAUUAAAUAAGGUACUUAGAAGAAUCAAAUAUGAAGAAAUUGAUGAUACAGACGAAUUUAGAAUAUGUUUGCGACAAGAAACUGCAAGAUGGGCAUGUUUUUUCGGUGACAUCAUUUGUACGAGACAAGCAAAAAAUAAAUUAGAAUACCAUCUCCAAGAUCCGAAAGAACACAGGCUUUGCCAUGGUGGACGACAUGGACAUAUUGUAGAGGUUUGAUGACAACUACGAGGAAUGAGACCACUUUUAGAUCAGUGUAUAUCAUAGGAUUGAUAAAAACUGACUUGAAAUUUUCAGAAUAUUUAGCUUGCAUUAACGAUACUAAUUUAAUCAAGGACUAUUUAAAUUUUAAACAGUACAACAACUAUACAAAACAGGAAGAUCAAUUUCUCGCUAACACUUUC